AUGGACUCAACUGCCUCCGUCCUCGACGCAGUCCGUCUCUCUCACACGGUUUUCCUCGUCACCACCCCAUGGGGCGAGGGCGGCGCGGAUGUCGAGCUGACCCACGGUACCAAUGUCGCCGACGCUGCUAAGGAAGCCGGUGUUGAGCAUAUAAUCUACUCGUCUCUGCUCAAUGUCACCGAGACCUCCGGCGGCCGUCUCACUCAUGUGCCUCACUUUGACAUGAAGCAGAAGGUCGAGCAGUACAUUCGGUCGUCUGGUGUUUCGGCCACUUUCGUUCUGCCGGGUUACUUUAUGUCCAACUUUGCGGCUUAUGGUAUGAUCCGUAAGGGUGACGACGGCAUUUAUAAUCUUGCCUAUCCAGUCACCAACAACGCCAAGUUCCCUCUGAUUGAUAUUCCCGAAGAUCUCGGCAAAUUCGUCCUCGCGGCCAUCAAGAAGCGCACUAGUCUCAUUGGUGCCCAGAUCCUGGCCUCUGCCGAUUAUUACACCCCCACUCAGAUCCUAGCCGACUUUGAAGCGGUUACUGGCAAGAAGACUAGAUAUGUGCAGGUGGACGCAGCGUCGUACAAGGGAUUCAUGCCGGCGCCGGUUGCAGAUGAGUUGCUCGAGAACCACCUGUUUAUUGAAGAGCCCGGAUAUUACAACGGUCGCAGCUUGGAGGGUAGCAAAAGGUUGCUUUCGGGGCUUGGCUUGAAGACGACUUCUUGGAAAGAGUAUGUGCAAAAGCACAAGGAAAGUAUGGUCUGA